UUUUUAUUAUUUUGGUAAGCACGUGCACUCAUGCGCACUGCACUUUUCGGUUCAUUCGACUGACAUCAUGUACGUACACGAGCAAUCAUGAAUGUCAACCAUAUUGACUGAUAAUAAAAAUGCAAACAUGUUUGAAUUUCAUAAAUCAUAAAAUUUUAUUGUCAGUAUUAGUCAUACACAUAUACGGUCAGUCAUGAAUGUCAUUAAUAACUGACCGUGUAGGGGAGCCUUUAGAUAGUAAAUUGUUAGGUUCAUGUUUUGAACUUUGUUCAGAUCUAAUAUUAUAAUAUAAUAAAAGCAUAAGAGUUAUGCUGCGUGUAUAGUAUGUCAUACUGUUAUUAUAUCUCCUUAUUACGUAUUGAGUACACCCAAUAAGCAAUAGUCAUCCGACACCGUUUUGAAGCCAUUCAAAUACAUGCAUUUCUGGAUAGACAUGUUAUAAACUUUAGUAUACUUUUUAUAUUCGAACAUUACUAUUGAUGGUUCAUAUUGUAAGAGAUUUAUAAUAAAAUGGAAAAUAUACCAGGACCAAGUACUCCUUCUGAACCCACUGUAAACAUUCAAAAACCAUUGAAUAAUUCUUCAGUGACACAAGGUAUUUUAGCUGUUAUAUCAUUAUUACCAUGUGUUAUUUCUGGAGCCGUUUUGGGUUAUACAGGCUUAUCGAUAUGGGAUUUGCCAUUAAUAUAUCGAAAUGCAACGUGGUUUGCUAGUCUGGCCUUUCUGGGCGCCGCAGCGGGCUGCCUGGUCUCGCAAAGCUUGAUCACCGCGUUCGGCCCCCGGGGCACCAUUCUUCUGAGUCACGUGAUUUGCGUCAUUGGCUGGGUGAUGACCAUCAGCAGCCUGUCCGUCAUCAAUCUCCUGACGGGCCGUGCGUUGACCGGCAUGUACGUGGGCAUCGUUUCGGUGUCAGCCACCACCUACAGCUCCGAGUGUUUCCCGUCACGGUCCGCGGCCAGGCCCGUCGUGUAUACGGCGCUAGGAGUACUUUGCGUCUACCUGGCCGGCUCCUUGCUCAGUUACUCGCAGACCGCGACCAUAAUAGCGCUGACCACCGUCGCUUCGUUUGUGUUGGUCCGCCUGUUCGUUCCCGAGAGCCCUGCGUGGCUGGAGUCCCGGGGCAGGGUCGGCGACGCCGAGUACUCCAAGCUCAGGUUGAAAGUGGCCACCGCCGGUGCGUCAGCCACUGCCGUUCCCAGCCCGUCAUUCUUCAGGCACAUCAACCGACCGGACGUUUACCGGCCGUUCCUGGCGCUCUGUUUGCAUCUGGUAUUGCAACAGCUGUCCGGCCCUCUGGUGAUCAUCUCGUACGCCGCCGAGCUGGUGGGCGACUCGGGGAUCCGCGUGCUCAACUCGUACUUCAUAGCCAUCGUACUGGCCGCGUUCCUCGUGAUCGGCAGUUUUGUGUCCACCGCCAUGGACCAUCGGGAAUCCACCACCAUACUGUCGUCCACCGGCAUAAUGGUGGCCGGUCUCGUGAUCGCCGCGUACAAUCUGGGCCGCAGGCUGUUCCUCAACCGCCUGGGCUCGCAGCUGUUGAGUUUCAUACCGCUAAUGGGAUUGAUAAUGUUCAUCAUGUCCAGCAGCGUCGCGUUGGUGCCCAACUUGCCCGUGAAGAACACGCCCGGCGAGCACGUCGCGCUCGCGUUCAGCUACGUAGUCGCCUUUUCGGUCAUCAAGAGUUAUCCGUACGUGCACGCGUACCUGGGCUGGUGGGUGUUUGCGUUUUUCGCCGUCGCAGCCGCUUUGAACGUUGUUUACGACGUACUGAUGUUCUCGGAACCCAAAUCAUCCAAUCGUUCCGCAGCCGCCGCUUCCACACAGUCGUCGUCCGUCGGACCGGCGGUAUAAUGUCCAUGUCCUUCGGUUGCUAUCUGUUACGAUCAUUUCGCUGUACACACCACAAACUCGGCGAGCUAAUUAUGUAACGAUUCCGAUCGCAUACACGGAACCAUGAAUACAAUUUACCGUAUAAUUAUAGCGAGCACAUGCGCACGUUGUGCUUAGAAUAUUGUAUAACUCGUAUUCAUAUUAAUCAUUAUUGUUACGAUUUAAAAGGAUUGUUUUGUACACACGGUUUUUCAUACGAUAUUUUUCUGACAUAUGUUUUAAAUAAUUAUAAAACUAGUUUCUAGUGAUAAAUUUCAUAAAUAAACUGUAAUUUGAACUGUU